GUGAAAACCACCAGCAUCCCAUCGGUUAACAACGUCCGUCCAUCUUUUUCUUUUAAUAUUCAUGCAUUGACACAGACGCUCAUAACAGCACGAGGUUUGAUAUGGAGAUGUGUUUCAGAAUAUCUCUGAUGUUUCUGCUCAUGACUGCUGAUGUUGAUGGUCAGCAGGGUUGGGGAGUGAAUUACAGCCCUUCAAAUGUUUGUGCAUUAAGAGGAUCAACAGUGAAAAUAACCUGUACUUUAAUAUAUCCUCAUAGUUAUGUGUUGAAUAAAGUCUUCUGGACAAAAGUUGCACAUAAAACUAAUGGAGAACCACCUGCCCUGUGUUUGGUACCAGAAAACAGAAGAGGAGUUCAGUGCCACAGUGAAUAUAAAGACACUCACAGCAUCACUUUGACAUAUGUGACAGAAGCUGAUGAACACAUCUACUACUGCAGAUUUAUAACAAACCAAACAGGUGGUAAAUAUACAGGAGUUCCUGGAGUUCAGCUUGAUGUCACAGAACUGCAGGUGGAGUCAAAUCAGAGAGUGAAAGAGGGAGAUUCAGUGACUCUUACAUGUAAAACCACCUGCAGUCUGACUGAAAAAACAACAUUCAUCUGGUACAGAAACACACAGAGAUUCACUAAAGGAAGAAUUACAUUGAAUCAACUUCACCUGCAGUCAGUCAGUCGUGAUGAUUCAGGAGUUUAUAGAUGUGAUGCUGUAAGAAGAUCUGAACGUCUUCUGUCCUCUCCUGAUGUUUAUCUUAUUGUUGAGUAUCCUCCUGAGAAAACUUCAGCAUCCAUCAGUGGAUCUGGUGAAAUAAUGGAGGGUGAUUCCGUGACUCUGACCUGCAGCAGUGAAUCAAAUCCACCUGUUCAAGAGUACAGCUGGUUUAAGAGAGGAGAGUUUAUAAGAUCUGGACAGAUCUACAGCAUCACGAGUAUUAGAUCAGAUGACAGUGGAGAAUACAAGUGCAAGUCCAGAAAUAAACAUGGAGAGAAAGAUUCAGAUGCUGUGAUGCUGGAUGUGAUGUAUGCACCAAGAAAUGUUAUGGCGUCCGUCAGUGGAUCUGGUGAAAUAAUGGAGGGUGAUUCAGUGACUCUGAUCUGCAGCAGUGAAUCAAAUCCACCUGUUUACAACUACAGCUGGUUUAAGGAGAAUGAAACAUCAUCUGUUGGAUCUGGACAGACGUACAGCAUCACUAACAUUAACUCCAGACACAGUGGAUGGUUUUACUGUGAGGCUCAGAAUGAAGUCGGAUCUCAGAGAUCUGCUGCUGUAUCACUCACAGUAACAGGGGUUCAUGGUUUUGCUCUUUAUACACUUAAUUGGAUUCUGGCAGGAUGUGGGGCUUUGUUCUUCAUCAUCAUCUUCCUCAUUUUGUUUAUUAUGAAGCACAGGAGACGUCAUACAGCUGAAGACAUCAAGCAGAAGCAGACGGCUGACUGGAGUGAUGAUACAUACACAACUCUGAAUCCUGAGUCCAGAACAUCUGAUGACAUUUACAACACAAUCAGAUCUGAUCAGUGCAGGGCUGCUGAUGGCGUCUACACGACUCUUGAGCUUCAGUCCAGAUCUUCUGAAUAUGACACACUUACAGUAAACAAACAUUAAACUCUCUCUGACUCUGACAGACGGCACUACUGAUGUAAUGUUG